AUGGAAAAUCACAGCAGAUUGGCAUCGAUUGUGAUGAGACCUUCAGUCAAGCCUGCCUCAAUCCGUACCGUCCUUCACGUUGCUGUUUCUCUCAACUGGCAUGCUCAUCAAUUAGACGUCAAAAACGCUUUCCUAUACGGUGAUCUGGACGAGACAGUUUAUAUGCAUCAAUCUCCAGGAUUCGUUGAUCCCACUCGACCUACCCAUGUUUGUCUCCUCCGUAAAUCUCUUUACGGCCUCAAACAAGCGCCUCGGGCUUGGUAUCAUCGUUUCGCCACCUUUGCCACCAAAAUAGGAUUCAACCAAAGCAAAGCCGAUGCCUCAUUAUUUGUUCUCAAACGUGGGAAAGAUUUAGCAUACCUCCUUCUCUACGUUGAUGACAUCAGUCUCACCUCCUCUUCCACUUCCCUAUUACGGUCGAUUAUAACAUCACUUAAUUCUGAAUUUUCUAUGACUGAUCUAGGCAAACUUCACUAUUUUCUUGGCAUUGCUAUUAACAGGGACAAACAUGGGAUGUUCUUGAGCCAACAAAACUAUGCAGCGGGCAUCAUACAUCGAACCGGGAUGACUGGUUGCAACCCUACCACCACACCGGUUGAUACAUCUUCCAAACUUCCCGCUGCGGUUGGAACAACUGUUGCAGACCUAACACUCUAUCGUGGCCUCGCUGGUGCUCUCCAAUACCUCACGUUUACUCGCCCUGACAUAGCCUAUGCCGUUCAACAAGUGUGUCUCCAUAUGCAUGAUCCCCGUGAGCCUCAUCUUCAUGCCCUCAAGCGAAUCAUCCGAUACCAAAAGGGGACCAUCACAAACGGCAUUCGACUGAAACCAACCUCUAUCUCUACGAUCACGGCUUACACGGACGCUGAUUGGGCAGGCUGCACAACCACACGCCGUUCCACGUCUGGCUAUUGCGUUUUCCUUGGUGAUAACCUUGUCUCAUGGUCGUCCAAAUGA